AUGCUCAUCACCCGCUUUUUGUCUGUUAUCCUUGUGGGUUUUACAGUCCUUGUCUUACCACGCAGUGCUCAAGUAUGUCCAAAGAACUGGGUACGUUUUCAUAACUCGUGCUACAAGUUCUCUUCCAAGUCAGCCUCCUGGAAUGCAGCAAAAGCGUCCUGCGAAGCUCAAGGAUCCCAUCUCGUUGUGAUUAAUUCUCGAGCUGAAAAUCAAGCGAUUGGCACUCGUUCUUCACACACUAUGUUUAUUGGUUUGUACAGGGAUCCUAAAGACCAGUCUCGCUGGCUCUGGGUUGAUGGUUCGCGGCCAACCUUUACCAAUUGGUAUCCUGGAGAACCUAAUAAUUCCGGAGGAGGGGAGGCGUGUGUCGAGUUGUAUACUCAGAAGCACGGAUUGAAAUGGAAUGACCUCCCCUGUAGUGGUCCACGUCGUUACAUUUGCGAAACCAGUGACACCGACGAGUGUGCUGUGUCAAAUGGUGGCUGCAGUCACGAGUGCGUCAAUAUUGCAGGGGGCUACAAAUGUGAAUGUCCAGACCUAGAGCUAAGCUUAUCAUCAGAUAACAAAACAUGUCAUGCUCCAGGGGUCAAUGUCCAGUGCAACAGCAACAAUAUGACAAUUAUCAUUCCUAAGUCCCUCUUCCGUGGUCGCGACCGUGGGCGUCUUCGGCUCUUAGACUCAAGAUGCAAGGCUGAGGAAACUAACGCCUCCUUCUCUCUGACAACUCCGCUGACUGGCUGUGACACAAAACGCAGGCUUACACCGACAGCUAUCGUCUACUCCAACAUAGUCUUUGAAAUCCCUGUGGCCGCUAAGGACGUCGCAACACGCGUGCGGGAAAUAGAAAUACCAUUCAGCUGCUACUUAUCCAAGUUUGGCGUGGUAUCAUCAGUUGGUUGGAGGCCGAGCAAUACAAAACUUAGGUUCAGUGAUGAAGGCAAAGGAAACUUCACACUUUCUCUGAAUAUGUUCCGUGACAAAAGAUUCGUGAGUCCUUACAUGAAGGAUGACUUCCCUGUUGAUGUGCUGCUUCGUAAACCUCUCUUCUUUGAAGUGUCAGUGACAUCGACUGACAAGAAGUUGUCAAUCAUGGCUGAUCGAUGCUAUGCCACGCCCACUCAGGAUGAGAAAAGUUCUGUAAAUUACGAAUUUAUAAAGAAAGGAUGUCAGAAUGACGUUACCGUGAAGUAUUACUCUGGAUCUUCAUCGAGUGCUCAGCGGUUUAGCUUGGAGGCUUUCAAGUUCAUUGCAGAUCAUCCAUUCGUAUUCGUGCACUGCCACGUAAUUGUAUGCAACGCAACGAACCCUGCUUCACAGUGUGCAAAAAAGUGUCCAUCAAGAGGCCGAGGUAGACGUGCAGUAAGUGAUCACGUGACUGAUGACGUGUAUUCUUUGGCCCAGGGCCCGAUCCGCCUCGCACGAGGCAAGCGAGAGAGAAAGAAGGAGAAUGCCUUUACUGAAAAUGGAUCCAGUCCUUUCUUCAUGAUGUCUGUGUUUGUGAUGUGCGCUGCUUGCUUGGUAGGAACUGCGCUGAUGAUCGUUAAGAAGUCACGUGACAAGCCCAUUGGCUAUACUCCGCUUGCUAGCGGAGGUCAGGAGUAA